AUGGCGGAUGACCCCCAAGACGAAUUCCACGACGUUGACGACGCCCUCGCUGCCGAACAAGCCGCAGUGGACGACAUCGAGGCCGAGACCGUCGAGUUCGUCAGCGAGCUCGAGUCGGGCGGCGACGCGCCGCCAUCGCUCGAGGAGCAGGUGAAGGCGCUCGAAGACCGCAACCUGCGCCUGCAGGCCGAGCUGCAGAACGUGCUAGGCCGCGCACGGCGUGAGUCGGAAGAGACCCGCAAGUACGGCUCGCUGGGCGUCGCCCGCGACCUGCUGCCGGCGCUCGACAACAUCGACCGCGCGUUGGAAGCCGCGGAGAAGGCCGGCCAAUCUAGCGACCCGACGAGCACGCUGGCGGACGGCUUCCGCAUGGUCCGCGACCAGAUCGCGGGGGCCCUCGCCCAGCACGGCUGCCAGCUGAUCGACACGGCGCCCGGCACUGAGUUCGACCCAUCGAUGCACGAGGCGAUCCUCCAGCAGCCAUCGCCGGACCACCCGGCAGGCACGAUCCUGCUCACCGCCCAACCCGGCUACAAACUCCACGACCGCGUUGUCCGCGCGGCGCAGGUGGUGGUGUCUUCGGGGCCCGCUGCUUAA